UACAAACUCCAACACGCUCACAAGCCUCUCUUUUAAGUUGCAGGGCACUUGUCAUGCACGUCCACAUCCCUCCUGUGGAAAUCCAUUCUCCAAUCUCCAUACAUCUCGAUCUCCCAUUUAUAUCGACCACUCCUCAUCGGAUUAGGAGCACGCCUCGAUCGUAUGAACGCCGCAAAAAACAACUCGAUCGGUCGCUGCACGCAUCGAUCCUCCCUAGUGAUCAAGGAGCAAUGCCUUGCUUGGCGCAGGAGUACCACCCCAAGGUGCCCGCCGCCACUCACUACUGCAAGUCCCUGUCCUCCCUCAUCCGGGAGACCUACGCGCACUGCCAUGUCCCCUGCGUCAGGAUCCCCGCCGGCUCCGGGUGGAGCUCCGGCGAGGACAGCGACGAUGACAGCGGCCUCGACGACGCGCUCGACACCAAGCAGGUGAUCCUCAACGAGAUGAGGAACCGGCAGAUGAAGAAGCGGUCGAGGUGCAGCGUCGACUCGCCGACGCCGGCGAUGUCAAGCACCUGCACCUGCACCUGGUCGUAUACGCCGCUCGAUCCAAGAACCGUUCUUGAGAAGGUUUCAAGUCCUAUGAAGUGCGUCGUGGUGGAGGAGGAGGCAGCCGAUGACGGCGGUCACUUCGACGCAGACGACGAGAGCGAGGCGUUCUUCUCUGUGAAUAGCUUCUUCACGCGCAGCACGAGCCGCGCGGCGACUGUGGCGUCGUCGGCGGGGGGCAUGGACCCGCCGCCGCCGCCGCUGCUGCGGUCGCCGGAGACGUGGGAGUGCUUCCAGGACUGCGAGGGGUGGCCGUUCGGGCUGUGCCGCCGGUCCGCCGUCCUCCUGCUGCCGCCGCUGCCCAGCACGCCGGCCGACUCGUGGAAAUGGCGCAAGAGCGUCAGCAGCCUCGCCGCGCGGCCUGAUCACAGCCCGGCUGCUGCUUACAGCCGCAAAAGUACUCCUUCACCGCGCCAGCAUUAGCCAAGAACCUCGAACCGUCCGUGUUAGCAGCGACGCUGAGACGCGACGACGUUUACAAGAUUUCAGGUAGUUUACAGAGCCGUGUUCGAUGAUUGGACACAAGAGAGAGUGCUUCUUUGUAAUCCUGUUCUUCUGCCCCGUCUAGAACGCCAGAAUUUCAUAGGAAUUUCGUAGGAUAUGAAAUAUCCGUUCAUCACACUAAAUGUGAGGUUUGCUACGAAACUCCUACGAGGAUCUUGUGUUCGGUGGCUUGCUCUUUGGAAGGAUUUGCAGGUGUACGUGUUCUGAAAAAUAAGCUCAGAUGUACUUUCAGAUCUUGAGAGUUGAAUGCUGUUAUUUUGGCCUCUA